GGGGCAGUGGGAGCAGGGGAGGUGGCUCCUGCCUCAGGGAGGCUCUGAGGGUCCCUGUCUGAAGAGGAAGGGGACGGAGCUUGGAGCAGGAGCCCUGGAAUGCAGCCCCCUUCACUGCUGCUGCUGCUGCUGCUGUUGCCACCGUGCUUCUCAAUUAACAAGACCAGAGGGCUGCUGUGCGAGAGUUUCCUAGAAGCCUGUGCAAAUGGAGGCACUUGCCUGACCCUGUCUCCGGGGCAAGAGGCCUGCCAGUGUGCCCCUGGCUUCUUUGGUGAGACGUGCCAGUUCCCUGACCCCUGCCAGGAUGCCCAGCUAUGCCAGAAUGGGGGCAGCUGCCAAGUCCAGCUCCCUGCCCCUCCAGUCUCCCCUAGCCCACCCUCUCCCUUGGCCCCCAGCUUCUUCUGCACCUGCCCUCCUGGCUUCCUUGGCGAGAUGUGCCAGUUCCCUGACCCCUGCCAGGAUACCCAGCUAUGCCAGAAUGGGGGCAGCUGCCAAGUCCAGCUCCCUGCCACCCCAGCCUCCCCUAGCCUGCCCUCUCCCUUGGCCCCCAGCUUCUUCUGCACCUGCCCUCCUGGCUUCACUGGCGAGAGGUGCCAGGCCCGACUUGGGGACCCCUGUUUUCCCUCCUUCUGUCAAAAAAGGGGCCGCUGCCACAUUCAGGCCUCAGGCCACCCAAGGUGCCACUGCAUGUCUGGAUGGACAGGCGAGUGGUGCCAGCUGCGGGACUUCUGUUCAGCCAAACCCUGUGCCAAUAGAGGGGUGUGUCUGGCCACUCACCCCCAGAUCCAGUGUGACUGCCCUCCUGGCUUCACGGGCUAUGCCUGUGAACACGAUAUCAACGAGUGCUUCCUGGACGCCGGACCUUGCCCCAAGGGCACCUCGUGCCAUAACACCCUGGGCUCCUUCCAGUGUCUCUGCUCCGCUGCGCAUGAGGGUCCACCCUGUGGGCUCCAAGCAGGACCUUGUCCCCCCAGCGGCUGUCUCAAUGGGGGAACCUGUCAGCUGGUCCCAGGGGGAGACUCCACCUUCCACCUCUGCCUCUGUCCCCCAGGUUUCACAGGCCCAGAGUGUGAGGUGAAUCCAGAUGACUGUAUUGGGCACGAGUGUCAGAAUGGGGGUACUUGCCAGGAUGGGUUAAGUAACUACACCUGCCUCUGCCCAGAGACCUGGACAGGCUGGGAUUGCUCUGAGGACGUGGACGAAUGUGAGGCCCAGGGUCCCCCUCACUGCAAAAAUGGGGGCACCUGCCAGAACUCACCUGGUAGCUUCCACUGCGUGUGUGUGAGUGGCUGGGGAGGCACAGGCUGCGAGGAAAACCUGGACGACUGUGUCACUGCCACCUGUGCCCCAGGAUCUACCUGCAUUGACCGUGUGGGCUCCUUCUCCUGCCUCUGCCCACCUGGCCGCACAGGCCUCCUGUGCCACCUGGAGGACAUGUGUCUGAGUCAGCCGUGCCACAGAGAAGCCCAGUGCAGCACCAACCCCCUGAAGGGCUCCACCCUCUGCCUGUGUCAGCCAGGCUACUCUGGGCCCACCUGCCACCAGGACCUGGAUGAGUGUGAAAUGGCCCAGCAAGGCCCCAGUCCCUGUGAACAUGGCGGCUCCUGCCACAACACCCCUGGCUCUUUCGACUGCGUCUGUACCCCUGGUUACACGGGUUCCCGCUGUGAAGCUGAUCACAACGAGUGUCUGUCCCAACCCUGCCACCCAGGCAGCACCUGCCUGGACCUGCUUGCCACCUUCCACUGCCUCUGCCCACCAGGCUUGGAAGGGCAGCUCUGUGAGGUGGAGACGGAUGAGUGUGCCUCGGCUCCUUGCCUGAACCAUGCUGACUGCCAUGACCUGCGCAACGGCUUCCUGUGUGUCUGCCAGCCUGGAUUCACUGGCACGCGAUGUGAGGAAGACAUCGAUGAGUGUGGAAGCUCUCCCUGCGCCAAUGGUGGACAGUGCCAGGACCAGCCUGGAGCCUUCCGUUGCAAGUGUCUCCCAGGCUUUGAAGGCCCCCGCUGUGAGACAGAGGUGGAUGAGUGUCUGAGUGGCCCAUGCCCUACUGGCGCCAGCUGCCUUGAUCUCCCGGGAGCCUUCUCUUGCCUCUGCCCCUCUGGCCUCACAGGCCAGUUUUGUGAGGCCCCUCUAUGUGCCCCCAACCUGUGCCAGCACAAGCAAGAAUGCCAGGAUCAGGAGGACAAAGCUCACUGCCUCUGCCCCGAUGGAAGUCCUGGCUGUGCCCCCACUGAGGACAACUGCACUUGCCACCAUGGGCACUGCCAGAGGUCCUUAUGUGUGUGUGACAUGGGCUGGACAGGGCCAGAGUGUGAGGCAGAGCUGGGGGGCUGCAUCUCCAUGCCCUGCGCCCAUGGGGGGACCUGUUCCCCCCAGCCCUCUGGCUACAACUGCACCUGCCCUGGAGGCUACACAGGGCCCACCUGCAGUGAGGAGGUAACAGCAUGUCACUCAGGACCCUGUCUCAAUGGUGGCUCCUGCAAUCCCAGCCCUGGGGGCUACUCCUGCACCUGCCCACCAAGCCACACGGGGCUCCGCUGCCAGACCAACACUGACCACUGUGCCUCUGCCCCGUGCCUCAAUGGAGGUACCUGUGUGAACAGGCCUGGCACUGCCUCCUGCCUCUGCGCCAUGGGCUUCCAGGGCCCACGGUGUGAAGAAAGGAUACGCCCCAGCUGUACAGACAGCCCCUGUAGGAACAGGGCAACCUGCCAAGAUGGCCCUCAGGGUCCCCGCUGCCUCUGUCCCGCUGGCUACACAGGAGAUAGCUGCCAGGCCCUGGUGGACUUAUGUGCCCAGAAGCCCUGUCCACACAACGCCCGCUGCCUCCAGACUGGACCCGCCUUCCAGUGCCUGUGCCUCCAAGGAUGGACUGGGCCUCUCUGUGACCUUCAACUAUCCUCCUGCCAGAGGGCCGCUCUGAGCCAAGGCACAGAUGUCUCCUCCCUGUGCCACAAUGGAGGCCUCUGCAUCGAUAGCGGCCCCUCCUAUUUCUGCCACUGUCCCCCUGGAUUCCAAGGCAGCUUAUGCCAGGACAGGGUGAGCCCAUGUGAGUCCAGGCCCUGCCAGCACGGGGCCACCUGCGUGGCCCAGCCCAACGGGUAUCUCUGCCAGUGCGCCCCAGGCUACAGUGGACAGAACUGCUCAGAGGAACCCGAUGCAUGUCAAUCCCAGCCCUGUUACAACCAUGGGACCUGCACCCCCAAACCUGGAGGCUUCCACUGCUCUUGCCCUCCUGGCUUUGUGGGCUUGCGCUGUGAGGGGGACGUGGACGAGUGUCUGGACCGGCCCUGCCACCCCAGGGGCACUGCAGCCUGCCACCCUCUGGCCAAUGCCUUCUACUGCCAGUGUCUGCCUGGACAUACAGGCCAGUGGUGUGAAGUAGAGAUAGACCCCUGCCAGAGCCAGCCCUGUUCCCAUGGAGGGUCCUGUGAGGCCACAGCAGGACCACCCCCAGGUUUCACUUGCCACUGCCCCACGGGUUUUGAAGGCCCCACCUGCAGCCACAGAGCCCCCUUCUGUGGCCUCCAUCACUGCCACCAUGGAGGCCUGUGUCUGCCCUCCCCUAAGCCUGGCUUCCCACCCCGCUGUGCCUGCCUCAGUGGCUAUGGAGGUCCUGACUGCCUGACCCCUCCAUCUCCUCAAGGCUGUGGCCCCCCAUCCCCAUGCCUACACAAUGGCAGCUGCUCAGAGACACCCGGGUUGGGGGGCCCAGGCUUUCGAUGCUCCUGCCCUCCUGGCUCUCCAGGGCCCCGGUGUCAGAGGCCAGGAGCCAAAGGGUGUGAGGGCAGAGGUGGGGAUGGAGCCUGUGAUGCUGGCUGCAGUGGCCCAGGGGGAAACUGGGACGGGGGGGACUGCUCCCUGGGAAUCCCGGACCCCUGGAAGGGCUGCCCCUCCCACUCCCGGUGCUGGCUGCUCUUCCGAGAUGGGCAGUGCCACCCGCAGUGUGACUCUGAAGAGUGUCUGUUUGAUGGCUACGACUGUGAGACCCCUCCAGCCUGCAGCCCAGCCUAUGACCAGUACUGCCACGAUCAUUUCCACAAUGGGCACUGUGAGAAAGGCUGCAACACUGCCGAGUGUGGCUGGGACGGGGGCGACUGCAGGCCUGAAGCUGGGGACUCGCAGUGGGGGCCCUCCCUGGCCCUGCUGGUGGUGCUGAACCCCCAGGCCCUGGACCAGCAGCUGCUUGCCCUGGCCCGGGUGCUAUCCCUGAUCCUGAGGGUGGGGCUCUGGGUGAGGAAGGACAGUGAUGGCAUGGACAUGGUAUACCCCUAUCCUGGGCCCCAAGCUGAAGAGGAGCUGGGAGGAACCCGGGACCCCUCUCAGCAGGAGGCAGUAGCCCCUCCAACACUUCCCCUGGGCAAGCAGACAGAUUCUCUCAGCACUGGGUUCGUGGUGGUGAUGGGUGUGGAUUUGUCCCGCUGUGGCCCUGAGCACCCUGCAUCCCGAUGUCCCUGGGACCCUGGGCUCCUGCUCCGCUUCCUUGCCGCCAUGGCUGCGGUGGGGGCUCUGGAGCCCCUACUGCCUGGACCCCUCCUGGCUGCCCAUCCUCGUGCAGGCACCGUGGCCCCAGCCAACCAGCUCCCCUGGCCUGUGCUGUGCUCUCCUGUGGCUGGGGUGCUUCUCCUGGCCCUCGGGGCUCUUCUUGUCCUCCAGCUCAUCCGGCGUCGACGCCGAGAACAUGGGGCCCUCUGGCUGCCCCCUGGUUUCACACAACAGCCCCGAACUCAGAGAGCCCCCUGCCGACGCCGGCCCCCCCUGGGCGAGGACAGUAUUGGCCUCAAGACUCUGAAGCCAGAGGCAGAAGCUGAGGAUGGAGUUGUGAUGUGCUCAGGCUCCGAGGAGGGCGAGGAGGUGGGCCAGGCUGAAGAAAUGACCCCACCUUCCAAGUGCCAGCUCUGGACUCUGAGUGGAGACUGUGGAGAGAUCCCCCAGACAGCCAUGCUGACUCCCCCGCAGGAGUCUGAGAUGGAGACCCCUGAUGUGGACAUUUGUGGACCUGACGGAGUGACACCCUUGAUGUCAGCAGUUUGUUGUGGGGGAGUGGAGUCCAAGACCUUCCAAGGGGCAUGGUUGGGAGGCCCUGAGCCAUGGGAACCUCUGCUGGGUGGAGGGGCCUGUCCCCAGGCUCAUGCCGUGGGCACUGGGGAGACGCCCCUGCACCUAGCUGCCCGAUUCUGCCGGCCAACCGCUGCCCGUCGCCUACUUGAAGCUGGAGCCAAUCCCAACCAACCAGACCGGGCAGGUCGCACCCCCCUUCACGCUGCUGUGGCUGCUGAUGCUCGGGAGGUCUGCCAGCUCCUGCUCCGGAGCAGACAGACUGCAGUGGAUGCACGCACAGAAGACGGGACUACAUCCCUGAUGCUGGCCACCAGGCUAGCGGUGGAAGACCUCGUUGAAGAACUGAUUGCAGCCCGAGCAGACGUGGGGGCCAGAGACAAAUGGGGAAAAACCGCGCUGCACUGGGCCGCCGCCGUGAACAACGCCCGGGCCGCCCGCUCACUUCUGCAGGCCGGAGCCGAUAAAGACGCCCAGGACAGCAGGGAGCAGACGCCGCUGUUCCUGGCGGCACGAGAAGGGGCAGUGGAGGUAGCCCAGCUUCUGCUGGGGGUGGGGGCGGCCCGAGGGCUGCGGGACCAGGCCGGACUAGCGCCCGGGGAUAUCGCCCGCCAACGGAACCACUGGGAUCUGCUGACGCUCCUGGAAGGGGCGUGGCCACCGGAGGCGCGUCACAAAGCCACGCCGGGCCGCGGAGGGGGCGCCUUCUCCUGCGCGCGGAUCGCGUCUGGCAGCGUGCCCCCGCGUGGAGGCGGGGCUCUGCCGCGCACUCGGACGCAGUCUGCGGGAGCAGGCCCUCGACGGGGCGGGGCUUGUCUGCAAGCCAGGACUUUGUCCGUUGAUUUGGCCGAUCCCUGUGGCGGGGCCUAUUCACACUGCCGGAGCCUAUCGGGAGGAGGAGCGGGAGGAGGAGCAGGAGGAGUCCCGGCCCCCCGCGGUCGUAGAUUUUCCGCAGGCGCGCGCGGGCCUCGGCCCAGCCCUGCGAUAAUACGGGGAAGAUCCGGGGUCGCGGCCCGGCGCGGGGGUGGGCCCUCGGCGGCUGACUGGCCCUGUGAUUGGGUCGCUCUGAGAGCCCGCGGUCCCGCCCCCAGCACUACGAUCCCGCCUCCUUGCCUUACUCCGUCCCCGGAACGGGUAUCUCCUCAAGCUGCUUGGGGUCCCCAAGCCCUUAAUUCCGGGGGCGAGGGCCAAAAAUAGAAGGUUAUAUGGGUGGAGGGGAAACGUCUUAAAAUGAGUACCCCUUAAAUGACAGGCAAUCUGGAAGGCCCUACAAUUUUGACGUUCUGGAGCCCCAGAAGUGAGGUCAUAAGUUUAGUUUCCCUCCCAAAAUGAGUGUGUGCUCACAAGAAUGGGUACCGUCUUCCACGUGGAGAAGCCGCAGCUCUGGAAAGAGGAUUUAGGGUGCUGGGAUGAGGCAGUCCUAGCCCUUCUCCCAGAAAAAUAAGGGUGAGGGGCCACAGGAGGGCAGAAGGGAAUGGGAGAAGUCCUCUAAACUGGAACCAAGAACUGCAGGCUGACGAAUGUAAGAAGUUCUUUCCUAUAUAUGGUUCCCAGAGGAAGCUUCUAUCAUGCCUUCUGUCACUGCCUACAAAUGGCUGACGCCUACUGUGUGCCAGGCACUGUAGGUGCCAAAGGGGGGCCCAAGGGCAACUCCAGCUGAUGACCUCUUGCAUUUUCCCCAUCUCCCCCCCAGAAAAGAAACUCCAGCACGGGGAAGCCAUCACUGUCUCUAUUUGAGACCCCUCAAGUCUGUCACCCCACAAUAAAGCUGAUUUGAAGUGUGACUUUUUUUUUUGGAGGGGUUGGGAGCAAAAGGAGAAAAAACAUGAGAAUGACUGGAAUUUUUGUGCCCUAUGUUCAACAUUUGGAUGAGGGCUUUGAGUAUGGUUAAAGAGCAAGAAUAGGUUUGGGAUCCCAAUCUAAUUUACUCAUAUAGGGUCGCUGAAAGGGUCUAGUAGCCCAGGGAGAACCCACAUACACACUAGGACCCGCCCACUCUUUGUCCUUCACCCAAAGGCAUUUAGUGAUGACCACAUAGGAGAUGCCUAAGGCCGCAAGUUAAAUAAAGGGAGAUGGAGAGGGCAUCUUAAGGGAAACUUUAUCCACCUUUCAGCAACGUGGUUACACCUCUAAUAGUGAUGGGCCUAAGACACAGAGGUGUAAAGUGUUUGAAAGUUAAAAAUAGCUAUCAUUUACCAAGCAUUCACUUUGUGCCAAGUGUUUUAUCAUAUUUAAUCCUCACAUCAACUCUAUGAGCUAUGGGCUAUUAAAACCCCCAUUUUCUUCUUUUAGGAACAGGCACAGAGAGGUGUAUUUGCCCAAGAUUGCACAGCAUUAAGUGGUAGAACCAGAUCUUCAUGCUCUAAGUCAGUCAGUGUAAGCCCCCAAUGUGGCAGGUUGCCAUUUAAAAAAAAAAAAAUUGCCAUCUAGUCAAUUCCGACUCAUAGCGACCCUAUAGUACAGAGUAGAACCACUCCAUAGGGUUCCCAAGGAGGAUUCGAACUGCCAACCUUUUGGUUAGCAGCCAAGCUCUUAACCACUGUGCCACCAGGGCUCCAUUUAGAGGCCUCAAAUGUCUCUACCUGUCCUGCUGCUGCCUUGGUGACAGCCACCUUGACCAGCAUUAAUCAAGGAGAGAGCAGGGAGGUGGUCUGCUCCCUUUUCCAUUUCUAUAUCCCUCGUUUAUGACCGGAGGAAAGUUCCCCUGCCCCUUGUCUGCACUAAACUAUGAUUUGCCUGAGUGAACUUCAUUCCAUUUUCUCAUUUGGUGCACGUCUUGUCCCCUGUAAACACCUUAAGGUCAGGGAUAAUUGUUCAACACAUUUAUUAGAUACUCAGUAAAUACACAAUAUUUACUGUAUAUUUAGCAUGUGUUGGAGCCGGUGCUGGGGGUAUAGGUGUAUAAGCUUGAGGGCAGAACAUUCCUGGGUCUGUGUACUCUGCUUCUCACUGGGACACCGCACCUUCUAGUCCCAAUAGGUCUGCGGAUGUGUGGGGAGGGCCAAAUCCUAUGUCAGGGUCUAUCUUGGAGAAGAAACGGACCUGGGCGGGGGAGGGGCUGGGGGGUU